UGCUCAGGUCACAUCCAAUCGGCUUGCGUUCUGCUCUUCUUGAAAACAUGUCGCCCAUGAAGCUGUGUGUUCCAGGUGAUAGACUAUGCAGCACAGAAGACUGUAUGCCCGGUACUGGGGUGUACCUACGACACGGCUACAUCUACUCCUCGCUAGCAGGCUACGUACUCAGGAAGAACGAAGGAGAGGAGCUACCAGUCAUCUCGGUGGUGAGAGAAACCGAGGCUCAGCUACUACCAGAUGUAGGAGCCAUAGUCACCUGUAAGGUGACCAGUAUCAACCCCAGGUUUGCCAAGGUCCACAUCCUCUACGUUGGUUCCACACCACUGAAGGACCGUUUUAGAGGAACCAUCAGGAAAGAAGAUGUACGAGCAACAGAAAAAGACAGGGUGGAGACGUAUAAAAGCUUCCGUCCUGGAGACAUCGUCCUGGCUAAAGUCAUCUCCCUGGGAGACGUCCAGUCCAACUACUUGUUGACCACAGCAGAGAACGAGCUGGGGGUGGUGGUAGCCCACAGUGAAGCAGGAGCCCAGAUGGUGCCUAUCAGCUGGUGUGAGAUGCAGUGCCCGCGGACGCACGCCAAAGAGUUCCGCAAGGUGGCCAGGGUGCAACCUGAGUACCUGCAGGCCUGAGCAGGGACCAGCGGGCGGCGUGCACCCCUCACCUCUACCGCCCCCCCGGCAGGGACCCCUUUCCCUUCCUCAAGGAACACACAGCUUCCCUAUCUCUGACAGAGACAAACACACUCACUCACACUUGGAUUGUAAACAAUGCAUUGUGAGUACAAAGGACCAAUAUUCUAGAGGUCAUGUAUAGAUGCUUGGACACGAAUCCAUGGGUAUUGACUUGACACACACACAGCCUUAUGUUCAGGGGGGAUACCUCAACACAUACACACACGCACACAGAGCCUUAUGUUCAGGGGGGAUACCUUGACACGCACACAGAGCCUUAUGUUCAGGGGGAUAUCUCGACACACACACACGCACACAGAGCCUUAUGUUCAGGGGGAUAUCUCGACACACGCACACAGAGCCUUAUGUUCAGGGGGGAUAUCUCGACAGUAGAUUCCUCCCUCUACAACCUACAGCAAGGCAGCAUUUUUUUCUCUCCUGGUUAUACAAGGCUACAGUAGAGGUGCAGGAUUAUGUUCCAACCCAGCACUAGGACACCUGAUUCAAAUGAUCACUGGGGCCUUGAUUGGCUGAAUCAGUCUCGUUAGUGCUGGGCUGGAACACAAGCCUGCACCCCAUGUACCCCUUCAGAAGCAGGAAUAAAUAACACUGAUCCGGGGUUACCUUCUGAUCCCAUACCCUUCUCCCUGAAGUGUGCACUCGUGUAUCCCCCCCAUAAAUUUACUAGCAUAUGUCUUCCACCAGUCCUUUCCUUUUAAAUCCAUGAGGGGUAGUGAAUGAGUGCACACCUUUGGGGGGGGGGGGGUGUAGAAUCAGACCACAGCCCUGGUGUGACAGUCACCAGUACAGACAGGCCCAAUUCCAAAUCGACCCUUAAACCCUACACGCUAGUGAGUAGGGCUUGAUUUGGGCUUGGGCCUUAGACGGCUAACACUGGGAUGUUGAAGUAAAGUAAAGCGCUGGAAUUGAAACUGUCAUUUUGUGGCGGCACCGUUAAAGACUCAUACAACAAUACUUGUUUGUCUCUCUCAUUUCUUCCUGUACUUGUCAGCAGAGGCACAUGUGUUUUUAAGAGUCAAAUAAAGUGAAUACCAAAGUGCA